CAGUGGACCUAUACUAUGAGACCCUUUGUCCUGACAGUGUAGAUUUCAUACUCAACCAUCUGGUUAAACUCUUCCACACCCAGCUCAUCUCUCUGGUUCAUCUCAAUUUAGUCCCUUACGGCAACGCCAGGCUCGGAUCCAACCACACCAUCUCUUGCCAGAGCUUCUUCUUCACCUUGAUCAGAAUAAAGGGUACAUUCAUAAUUCACCCAUAAGAGAGUGAGAGAGAUUACUUUCCCAGCUUUUUUUGUUUCUUCCAUGGCGUUUUCUCGAAGAACAAUUGCUCUUCUGCCUCUUAUCUCUGUUUACCUCUUCUUGUUCGUUUCGCUCUAUCCCACUUCGACUUUGGCUUCCAAAGCUAGAGUUUUGCCUUCAGAUUCUGAGAAAGUUUCGUUGGGAUUGUACUACGAGUCACUUUGUCCUUAUAGUGCUAAUUUCAUAGUGAAUUACCUGGUCAAGAUCUUUGAAGAUGACCUUCUCUCUAUCGUUGAUCUUAAACUCGUUCCUUGGGGUAACGCCAAGAUCAGAGGCAACAGUACCGUCGUUUGUCAGCACGGUCCCUAUGAAUGCUUAUUAAACACCGUGGAAGCCUGUGCAAUUGAUGCCUGGCCUGAGUUGAACAAGCAUUUUCCUUUUAUCUAUUGCAUUGAGGCUUUGGUGCAAGAGCGCAAGUACCUUCAGUGGGAAACUUGUUAUGAGAAAUUGGGCCUGGAUCCAAAACCUGUAGAUGAUUGCUACAAGAGCGAGGCUGGACAAGAGCUUGAAUUGCAAUACGGAACUGAAACAGAUGCCCUUCAACCUCCUCAUAGAUAUGUGCCUUGGGUAGUCAUUGAUGGUCAGCCACUCUAUGAGGACUAUGAAAACUUCCUGAGCUACAUCUGCAAGGCCUAUAAGGGCCCAGCGUUGCCGAUGUCUUGCAGUGAGUUAUCGCUAAAAACUUUGGAUGUGGAAGAAGCAAAGCCAAGCCAUCUUGUGAGCUACAAAGAGCAAGAGAAAGGGCCUGCGUUGUGGGGAAGAGUAAGAUCAGCAUUGGCAUCAUGGAUGAGCCAGAUGAAUAUGGUAGCCCUGGAAUAGAAGAAGAGUCCCGGAUCAGUGUCUCUAGCAAGCUGUCACAACUAUUUGGCUGUGUGCUAGUAUCAUCAUCUAUAUAGCUUGUUCAGACUUGUAGUCUCUAGUUAAAGUAUUUGUUGGUGAGUUAUAUUUACUCUUUCUCUCUAAAACAAAUAAUCACAAGAAUGGUGAGAAUACUUAUGUUAAUAAAUAAGCUGUUUUGCUUUUCUAUUAAGUGAUGGGCUUUCAGUUUUUA